UAAAAACGCACAGAUAUAUAUGAAAUGUUUAAAUUGUUACGAUCACACCAUGAUUAAUAGAUUGUAAGUUCAGCUGGCAACUACAGCAAUAACAAUCAAAAUAAAACAAUAAGAACGUCGUAGAGCAGAAUUAUUUUGAGUAAAGUUGAAAAAUAUCAAAACGUUUCUAGUUGGUGUUUGUCUACAACAAUUUGAAUGAAAAGAAAGCUAUUUGUGAAUACGUCGAGUUUUUAAAAGUUCGCACAACGGAGGAACUUGUAAUUUGUGUUUUCCGACAGAAAGUCAAAGAAUACGCAUUGAUACAACAACAAAAGGUAUUUGAUUAUUAGUGUCAACAGCAUAGUCAGUAAACAAAAACAAGGAAACAGCUGGUACUUACUUUGGACUGAACAUUCUACAAAGGAGUGCAAAACAAGUGACAUUUUCAAAAUAUGUUUGGUUCGCGCUGGUCGCGUUUCCCAAACGAAAUGGACGAUUUGAGACGCUCAAAUGCCACAGCAUUAAUCCAGGAACGUCAAUAUGGGAAUAUAGAUAGAUAUGUACAACGGCGUUUGCAAGUGUCAUCAGCUUAUAUUGAUCGACUCGAACAGGAGGCUGUGCUACGUGGUCAUCAAGGAUGUGUAAAUUGUCUGGAGUGGAGUAGUAAUGGGCGCAUAUUAGCCUCGGGUUCUGAUGAUUUUUGCGUAAUGCUGUGGGAUCCAUUUCGCAAGCGUUGUCUGCGCAGCAUAACAACCAAACAUUGCGGCAACAUAUUCUCUGUAAAGUUUUUACCACGUCAUAAUGAUGCACUCAUUGCCACUGCUGCUGCGGAUAGAUCCAUCUACGUGUUUGAUAUAAAUCGUCCAAAUGAUGCUAUACUUAGUUGUAUUUGCCAUGUGGGGCGUGUUAAACGUUUAGCCACAGCACCAGAUUCGCCUUUUGUAUUUUGGUCAGCCGGUGAGGAGGGUUCGAUUUUGCAAUUAGACACACGAGAACAACAUCGUUGCAACACUGAAGGUAAUCGUGUACGUUUGAUAAAUCUUGAUACACAUGUGAAUACACAUGCUGAGGCCAAAUGUUUGGCAAUAAAUCCACGUCGUACAGAGCUUUUAGCAGUUGGUGCCAAUGAUCCAUAUGCGCGCAUAUAUGAUAGACGCAUGCUGCAUCUAGUUUCGUCGCUGGUUAAUGGAGGCAGUCAAUUUCUUGUGAACGGUGCAGAUGACGCAAAUGGCGUAAUACCUAAAGACUGUGUUACAUACUAUUGUCCCGGUCAUAUAAGUAAAGAUAAUACUAAACUUAUUGAGCACGAUUCACGUGCUAUCACGUACCUUACCUUCAAUUCGACCGGUACUGAGUUGCUGGUAAACAUGGGUGGUGAACACAUAUAUCUAUACGACUUACUGAACGCGGAACAACCGGUGUUUUUAAGCUUACCCGAGUACAAACCGCCACCAAUAACUACAGAAACCGACAUAGAGAUGGCUGGCAUGCAUCCAAAUUAUAACUCCUCUUCUCCGAAUGACACUAAUGGUGGCAGUCAAGGCAUUGAAGAGCAUAAUAUUGUAACACAAAGUGCAAUUAGUCCCGUCGAUGCGCCACAAACGAGUAAUCGACGAAAAUUGCCCGAAUACAUUGAACGUUAUAAGAAGAUGGGAAACGAUUUUCUGGAAAACGAAAAAUACUUACGUGCAGUUGAAAAAUAUUCGGAAGCAAUUGAAAUGGCGCCCAACUGUUCGGUGCUAUAUCUAAAUCGGGCAACCGCAUAUAUGCGACGCCUUUGGUUCGGUGAUGUAUAUGCUGCAUUGCGUGAUUGCCAUCAGGCCUUGCGUCUCGAUCCUUCCUACAUUAAGGCACACUUCCGCUUAGCACGCGCGCUGCUCGUACUCGGUCGACCGCAGGAGGCAGACGAGUGCCUUAAAGAGUUAAUCGCGCGUUUUCCCAGCUAUGCGAAUAAUCAUGGUAUCAUGAUGCUGCAUAAAGAUAUCAAAGAAAAUCGACAAAUGACACAAUCACAACAGCAGCAACAACAACAGCAACAGCAUAUCAGUGAUCAACAACACUAUAACUGUUUGGAACUAUCCGAUGCUGAAUAUCAAUGGCGCAGCAAAGCCAAAGACUACAGCAAACGAUUUGUGGGGCAUUGCAAUACAACAACGGACAUCAAAGAAGCCAAUUAUUUCGGCAGUGACGGUGAUUUUAUUGUCGCCGGUUCGGAUAAUGAGAGUUUCUUUAUUUGGGAGCGCAACACAGGCAAAAUACGUGCAAUCUACAAGGCGGACGUAUCGAUUGUGAAUUGUGUGCAACCGCAUCCGGAAAUUUGUUUACUCGCGACGAGCGGCAUUGAUCACGACAUCAAAAUAUGGUCACCAAUUGCACCGUCCGCCGAGGAACGACCAAAUUUGGUGGAAUAUGUUGACAAGACGGUUGAGGACAACCAGCAAAAGAUGAAAAUGGACCCGUUUAAUAUGAAUUCAGGCAUGAAUGGUUUCUGCCUGAAUGGAUAAUGAGUGAUAAAUAUCAAAAUAUUAAUUAACUUAGAGUUUGCAAAUUUUAAGAGGUUAGCUCAACUAAAUUGUUUGCAAUGGAAUUCAAAUACCAUGAAUUAAAAUAAAUUUAGGAAAUAAACUAAACAAAAAUUUAAUGAAACUGUUAGUCGUACACGUAUGUAGGACAAGCGCAUGUUUUGUGGACGACACUAAACAAUUUAGCAGCAACUGCUUAGCAUUCAAGUGCCAGAAGUUUUGGUGUGCAAUUCAUUGUUUUCGCAUUACAUUUCUUAUACUUUUUGUUGUUGCUGAAACUUAUUUUAAUAUUUAUUAAGCUUUAAAUUGCGCUAAAAUGUUUAAAUAUUUUUUUAUUUAUGUUGUCUCCGUUUAAUUCUUUAUAAUAUUUAUAUUUUUUGUUUUUAAUGCGGCAGCUAUGUAAUAAAUUUGUCACUAAUUUAGACAACGUCGUCCACAAAUGUCAGAAUCUUAAUAAUAUCAUAUAUAUAUAUAUACGGAAUGAUUUAGAAAUAUAUUAUUAUACUUAAACAGGGAUGGUACUUCUUCGUUGAAUCGAUAACGCUUGAACAUGUAAACAAACUAAAAUAAGUUUAAGUUAUUAUAUUUCGUUUUAAAUGAACGUAUAAAGAAUUUAAAUACAUUGUUACUUUUUUAAAAUAAAAUUACUCGAAAAAAAUAGGAAAGGAAAUGAAUGUUAAAUCUUAACAACUAAAAUGUUAUCGAUUCGACGUAGUUUAAACCUUAUGUGUAUACAUAGAUCUUAAGAAGGGCCAUCUAAAAUUAAGCAACUAGCAGUAGAAUUUCGCUAAUCAAAUUUGAAAAAACAUAAGCAUCAAAAUACGAUGAGCUGGAGCUAAUUACUUUAGAUAUGCGUUAUCGCAUCAAAUAUGAAACAAAUCAAAAUUUUUGUAGAGCGCAAAGAAGUGGGUACAACCUGAUGUAAAAAAAAAAAACAAUUAUAAACAAAAAAAGCAAUAAUAGAACUAACUAUAUGUAAGCUAUAGCUUCAACUUCACAAAAACACUUGACAGCUUGACUUCAAACUUUCAAUACAGUACGUCUCAUGGAGGUAAAAACUAAUAGGAUUAUGCUGUAUGUUUGACAAUUGAGUGAGUUGAAUUUUUGUUGUUUCUUAAAUGCACAUUUGUUGGGAACACAAUUUCAUUGUUUCUUAAAAUGGUCACCUUCCCUCUACCUUCUAAUAACAAUGCACGUUUUUGUAUCCUAAUCAGUUUGUAUCAGCCUGAAGCGCUUCGUAAAAUCUAUUCCUCAGACUGCGUGUGUGUAUAUAUUAUAUAAAGCGAGAGAAUUUGCCUUUAUACAAAAAAGAACACACUGUGUAAUCCUUAUUAAAACGAACUACCAAUGUGAAUAGUAUUAGUUGUUUUCAUUAAAAAGUUAUUUUCGAACUAAAAA